AUGAUUGACUGCCACAGUGUCUAUGCUGAUGUUUGUGUAUUGAUAGUCGACAUGGGCACUUCAGAGGUAUUUUUAUCGCCCUCAGAGUCACCAAAGUGUAGAAGUGUAUGGUGUUUUCAACCAAAUGCUUUACAUGUUUUAUCAGAAGAGCAUUGGCUGGAAGAAUAUGAGGCCCGUAGACAAUUUAUACACAAUUUGGCCUUCUUAGCCAAUGCAUGUUGCUCACUCGGUGUUGACUUCAUAAAUAAAUUACACUGA